AGUCUCGUUUCAGUGAACUCAAAUUGCUAAGAAAUUGCUCAUCAAUGGCGGCUACAGGGGAAGAGAUGACGACGCCGACGAAGGAAGGCACAAACUUAUUGGGGAAGCCAAAGUAUAAGAAUCUCGAGAACGGGAGAUUCAGAUGCGUGCAGACGGGUCACGAGCUACUCGAGAAAGACAAGAAGGUCUAUUCACAGAGUAAACGGUGCCGUUUAGGUCUUAUCGAUCAUGCCUUAUCCCACAACAAGCCUCCUCUCAACUUGUUCGAACAAGAUCCUAAGUCUCGUUCGAAACUGAUAUGUAAGCUUACGGGUGAUACGGUAAACAAGACUGAGGAACAUAUUUGGAAGCAUAUCAAUGGACGGCGCUUCCUCAACAAAUUAGAGGAGAAGGAACGAGAGAAAGAGUCUGGAUCUAUUCCAGAGGAGGGUGGAGAAACGCCGGCGAAGGAGAAUGGCAUAAAGCAAGAAAAGAAGAAGAAUAAAAAGAAGAAGAAGAAUAAGAAGAAGAAAAACAAGAAGUCAGAUGAAACGGAACAGAAUGGAGAGGAUGUUAGUGAUGAAAUCGAACAUGAAAAUGAUGAAGAUGCUGAGGAGCUUGACUUUUGGAUGCCCCCAGAUGGAGAGAGGUGGGACUUUGAUGAUGGAGGAGACCGGUGGGGAUCAGAUUCAGACUCGGAAGAGGAAAAGAAUGGGGAAGAAGAUCCAAUGGGUGAAAUCGAUGAAGAUGAAAAGAAUAGUUUGGAUGACUGCAUAAUAGGGGAAGUUGAUGAAGAUGGCGAGAAUAGUUUGGAUGGGACUCCUGCAAGCAGGAAAAAGAGGAAACCUGAAGAAUUGAGUUCCAAUGGCCUUUCGAAGAAGAAGAAAAACAAGAAGAAUAAGGUCAAAACAACGUCAUAAGUCUGAUCUGAUUUCUCUCUCUCUUUUGUUCUUCAUGUUUUGUGUAUUUCACUUUGUACUCUGUAUUUCAAUUCAUGGGCUCAGUUUUGAUAUUA